AUGGAGUUACGUAACCGUGUCACUGGCAUUACGAAGAAGGCUGCACGCGGUCUUGACGUGGCUCUUGGUCCAACAAUCUACAAUGGGGAGCGUUACUCCAAGAUGAGUGAGCGGAUUAAACGACAACAUAUGAAGCCGUGCGAGGUCGCGGAAGCUAAUACGCAGCGGAUCAUGCGCGCCCAGGUGAUUGCGUUUGUGGUAGCGCUUGUCUUUGUCUUGUCGUUGGUGUCUACAAUGAUGUACCAAGCUCACGUCCGUCGCUCCAACCGCAUGCCUUUCGACGUGUAA